AUGGGCAAUGAUCCGUCGACGACGCGUCCGCUGCCGACCGCACCGUGGGGGCCUCUCGCCCUCUCGCUCACGGUCGUUCAAGCAAGGGGACUGCGGCACACGAGCUUCUGGGGCAUGGAUGCACCGUACUGCGCCGUACAGCUCGCAUCAAGAAAGCACAAGCGAUCAGUAUUUGAAGCGGAGACCAGGAUUGACCGCGAAGAAGGUGGUUUCUGGAAUGAGACUUUUCACAUCCGCGUCGACGACCCUGCGGCUGAGACCGUUGUACUGCGCAUCGUCAAUGCCAACGCAUGGAUCAAGGAAGACGUCGCAGUGUGCGCGAUUCCGCUGGCCUCCUUUGUACAUGGCUGCAUCGAGGAUAUGUGGCUUCCACUUUACACACCGACGCACCGAAUGGCCGCCUCGGAAGGCGAGGUUCGUGUGCGCAUCCAACUACAUGGCGAUUUGCGCAGCUAUCGUCAAGCGUACUAUCAGUCCAAGUACACUUAUUUAAAGUAA